CUCUCGUUCUUCCUUCUCUCCUUUCCGUCCCUUUUUCCCUUAAAAUUGUCUGGUUUCUGGGUUACCAGACCUGACAGACUUACAAACUGACACUGUUUCUCAAGAGCUAAGGUCCCACGGACCGCUCUGACAACCAACGAUGAUUUGACCGUUAUGACCAUGACAAGAACAUGUUGACAUUCUAUACAGACAGUGACAAGCAUAAAUGUGGAAGCUCAUACGCUGACGAGAAAAAUGAUGGUGAAACAAAACUAAAAAACGAGAGCCUGUGAGCUUACACAACGAAACGUCCUCGCAUAGAAGCCUAUUGCACAUGAAUGUGUGAGAGAGAUGGAUGUAUGAAAAUAAUUUCUGUAGUUAUUCGGUAUUACCGUUACCCGUGAAAAGUGCAAAAAACUGUAACAGUUCACUUACUAUUGGAUACACACACUCAGGUAGGUACGUAUGAUAACGUUCUAGGAAGUCUAUUGAAAUGUGCAUCUAUGUCGUUUAUUCCACUACAACUUACUGAAGUCAUGCAGGCCCAAUUUUGAGCGAAGUAACUUAUUGUGUAAGAUCGUAGGGCUGGCAGAAAUGAAGUACUUUUUGGAAGACAAAAUGUAGGACAUUGGAUGGCAUUCAUGUAAAUUUUCAAGAGCUGCGUACCUAGGUGGAGUGGACGGCCGGCUUAUUGGUUCAGGCAGCUUGGUAAGAGCUAUAAUAUGAAAAAGACAUACAGAAGAAUAAUGGGCAAAUCAUCGUGCAGUGUAAUUAGUCUUAUUGUUCCUCUUUCAUCAAGAUAAGUCAGUUCUGGCAGCCAUAGGAUCUCGGACGAUAUUGAAAUGUGAUAUAUGCAUAGAUGUUUCUGCCCCGCUUUUUAAUAAGAAAUAGGCAG